GGCCCCGCCCCGUCCCUCGCGUUUCGGUCUACCGGGACGGCGCGCGGCUCCCGUCACUCGAACGCGCGGCGGCGGCGGGAAGAUGGCGGAGUCCGGCGGCGGCAGCGGCGGCGCUGGCGGAGGCGGCGCCUUCGGCGCGGGCCCCGGCCCCGAGCGUCCAAACAGCACAGCCGAUAAGAACGGGGCCCUCAAGUGCACCUUUUCGGCACCUGGCCACAGUGCCAGCCUCCUGCAGGGCCUGGCCACCCUCCGUGCUCAGGGUCAGCUCCUUGAUGUCGUGCUUACUAUCAACAGGGAGGUCUUCCAUGCACACAAGGUGGUCCUGGCUGCCUGCAGCGACUACUUCAGGGCCAUGUUCACGGGCGGCAUGCGGGAGGCAAGCCAGGAUGUCAUUGAGCUGAAGGGCGUGUCUGCCCGUGGCCUGCGGCACGUCAUCGACUUUGCAUACAGCGCAGAAGUGACCCUGGACCUGGACUGUGUGCAGGACGUGCUGGGUGCCGCCGUGUUCCUGCAGAUGCUGCCAGUGGUGGAGCUGUGUGAGGAGUUCCUCAAGGCGGCCAUGAGCGUGGAAACCUGUCUCCACAUCGGCCAGAUGGCCACCACCUUCAGCCUGGCCUCGCUGCGCGAGUCAGUGGACGCCUUCACGUUCCAGCACUUUCUACAGAUCGCCGAGGAAGAGGACUUCCUGCGCCUGCCCCUGGAGCGCCUGGUCUUCUUCCUGCAGAGCAACCGCCUGCAGAGCUGCGCCGAGAUCGACCUGUUCCGUGCGGCUGUCCGCUGGCUGCAGCAUGACCCAGCCCGCCGGCCGCGUGCCAGCCAUGUGCUCUGCCACAUCCGCUUCCCACUCAUGCACGCCACGGAGCUGGUGGACAGCGUGCAGAUGCUGGACGUCAUGGUGGAGGAUGUGCUGUGCCGCCAGUACCUGCUGGAGGCCCUCAACUACCAGGUACUGCCCUUCCGGCAGCACGAGAUGCAGUCGCCUCGCACCGCUGUGCGCUCAGACGUGCUGUCGCUGGUGGCUUUUGGCGGCACGCCCUAUACCGACAGCGACCGCGCCGUCAGCAGCAAGGUGUACCAGCUGCCUGAGCCUGGUGCACGCCACUUUCGCGAGCUCACGGAGAUGGAGGUGGGCUGCAGCCACACAUGUGUAGCUGUGCUGGACAACUUCGUGUACGUGGCCGGGGGCCAGCACCUGCAGUACCGCAGUGGUGAGGGCGCCGUGGACGCCUGCUACCGCUAUGACCCACACCUGAACCGCUGGCUGCGGCUGCAGGCCAUGCAGGAGAGCCGCAUCCAGUUCCAGCUGAAUGUGCUGUGCGGCCUGGUGUACGCCACAGGCGGCCGCAACCGUGCAGGCAGCCUGGCCUCGGUGGAGCGCUACUGCCCCCGGCGCAACGAGUGGGCCUACGCCUGCUCGCUGAAGCGUCGUACGUGGGGCCACGCAGGGGCCUCCUGCGGGGGCCGCCUCUACAUCUCUGGCGGCUACGGCAUCUCGGUGGAGGACAAGAAGGCCCUGCACUGCUACGACCCGGCGGCCGACCAGUGGGAAUUCAAGGCGCCUAUGAGCGAGCCACGCGUGCUGCACGCCAUGGUGGGCGCUGGCGGCCGCAUCUAUGCCCUUGGGGGUCGCAUGGACCACGUGGACCGCUGCUUCGAUGUGCUGGCUGUGGAGUACUACGUGCCAGAGACAGACCAGUGGACCAGCGUGAGCCCCAUGCGCGCUGGCCAGUCCGAAGCCGGCUGCUGCCUGCUGGAGCGGAAGAUCUACGUCGUGGGGGGCUACAACUGGCGCCUCAACAAUGUGACGGGCAUCGUGCAGGUGUAUAACACAGAGACGGACGAGUGGGAGCGGGACCUGCACUUUCCCGAGUCCUUUGCAGGCAUUGCCUGUGUCCCUGUCCUGCUCCCGCGGGCGGGGGCCAGGAGGUAGCACCUGGCCCCUGCCCCUGCUGUUUCCAGCCAGCUCGAGCCCCGCCUCCUGCCCCAGGCUGGCCUCAGAGCCCCCAUCCCCACCCCCCGCGGUGCUGCUGAGCCCGUGCCCAGGAUUUCUUGGCUCCCUCCUUCCCAACACAGAUCCUGGCUGUAUCCAGCCCAGGGAGCCUGCCUGCCAUGCGCUGACGGUUGUGGCGGCAACCUUGCACCCAGGGCAGCUGUGCAGCCUGGCUUGCAGGUGAGAUCUGGGUCUCUCUUGUGGUAGCCCUCGUGGGGCUCUGCCUGGCUUCUCCCUGCUCCUGGUUUCAGGCGUUCAGAUGUGAAUGAGCUCAUGUAUGUCGAACCCACAGUCCGUGGUAUGCAGCUUGCCCCCUCCAAGCCUCUCGUGCGCAUGUUUUUAAAAUCCACUCGCCCCAAACCUCUAUGACCUGCAGACCUCCAGGAGCAAGGAGAGGCAGCUCAGAACCCUUGGCUAGGGUGAUGGAGGCCUGGGCAUAUCCGCCCUCCCCCUUGAGCCCCCCCCAUGCUGACCCUCAUCCUGAGCUGUGGGGAGGAGCUCCUGCUGGCGUUCCUGUCCUCAGCCCCAACAUCUCAAGUCACUCGCCCAUCUGCUUGGAGGGGGAGGAGUCACACCCAACUCCCAGAGAUGGUCUGGGGCCUCCAUCUGGCACUGAGCACCUGGGGCCUUGAGGAGGGGUCCAGAUACCCUCGCCAUGUUUGGCCCUUGUAACCAGCCAGCUUCUUCCCGUGGCUGCAGGAGGACGUGGCUUGAACCUUACGGUGCAUCUGCACCCGCAGGUCUGCCGGCUGGGGUGAUGUUCUUUCCCUCCCUCUUUUCCGCCCCCCCCAACCCCCAACCUGACCUGCUUUUAGGCCAACAUGGCCCGCGCCUGAGCCCACCCUCAGGGACGCCAGGCAGGCGGGGCCUUUCCCCCUGAGGGCCUGGCCAAGUUCAUUUGGAUGUCUGAACCUCUGAACCUUUUCUUUUUGUUUUGUUUUACUUUAUUUUAAGAAGCCAGUACUGCUGUCUUAUAAACGGGAUUUGUACUCUCGGGGCAACUUAAAGUGUCUCCCUUGCUGCUCAUGGACGAUUGAUGUCGUGUCUCUGUGACCCACUCACCGUGUAAAGAAUUAACCUCGUAUCUCAGCAGACGUCGUCUCCUAAUAUUUCCCUUUAUUUAAUAAAAAUGUUAUGGUGAAAAGAUGGAGCGGGCCCAGCCAGGACUUGUGGGCUUAGGCCUGA